UGUGUGUGUGUGUGUAAAGAAACGGAGACAGAUGAAAAUGGAUGGCCGUCUACGUGGUGUGAUUUUCAGUGGAAACAGAUUUGUUCUUCAUAAUUGCAUUCUUAACCUCUCGCUGGUGUGGUGCAUCUUGUAAAGGGUGUGUGUGUGUGUGUAUGCGUUUCUCGCAUUACGAUUCGAACAGACACACACACACGCACACAUAGCAUCUCGAAGAAGUUGCGAGUUGUGUGUACGGGCGGAGAGCGUGUCUGCAAGUGUGCAUGUGUGUGAGUCGACAGUUGACAGUAAAGUAACACGCUGGUGUGCAUGUAUAUGCGCUCUUCUCCACUGCGUUUACAGUCGAGUCCGACUGCACGCUGCGUGCGUGUGUGUGAGUGUAUACCGUUGUGUGACUUGUGUGGUGUCGCUAGUGAGCAGCACACAGCCAUUCGUAUUUUUCCACCCGUCAACAGCGCAUCGAAACAAGGAUGCCAACAGUGUUGCGCGAGUGUGACAAACAGCUGAGACACACAGUGUGCGAGGAUGUGCGGCUAGGGCUUGCCGUUGUUGGCGUUGGUUCCGCGCUGAGUGUAUGUGUCGCUGCUGUGUGUAUCUAAUCGAUUGCGUUAUUGAUUUGCAUCCGGUUUGUUUCAGUAAAGUGAAGUAGUGCUGCAACACAACAAGCGCAUCCCCGUACAAAAAGAGGAAGAAGAGCAAAGCAAAAGUGUAUGUUUUUAUUCACCGCACUUCACUUUCGGCAGCAUCCUUGCUUAGAAGCGUGCGUGUGUGCGAAGAACAAGAAGCAGCAACGAAACAACGACAACAAAAAAGUGUGCUGUGUGUGAAGAAGUGGUUGUGUCGUUUCGACGGUUUCAAGCUCCGAGAUUCUGUUCUGCUAGCAGGAGGAAGCCUCACGGAGCCCCUUUGGCCCUUUUUUAUUUUGGUGGGAAAGAAAAUAAAAUGCCUGCACCGUGCGCACAGUGGGCUGGUGUGAUAAGAGAAACGAAAACAAUUCACCACCCGUGACAAACCCGUGGUGCGGUAUCGUGCGAGGCGCCACCCCCCCUCCGGGAGGGAAUUUAUUUUUCUUCGUUUGUUUCGCUUUGUUACGGUGCCGGGGCGCGCGCGCGGGUGGCUGUUCUCCCUUCCGUUGUUUUCAUUGUGAGGAUAAUUCGAAACGCGCCUCGAGUGCGUCUGUAUUUGUGUAUGUGUUGAGUGAGCGAAGAGAGCCCCCAAACGGAACAAAAAGUGUGUGUGUGUGUGUUUGAAGUUUGAACAAUCGAGUCAGCACUGGUGUUGAUAGAGGUGCAAAACCCUCUCUGAACAACAUUCAACAACAACAGCAGCAGCAACAACAGCUAUGCGACGUAACAAUCGUACCCGUGCCGGAGCAGGGGUAGGCGGUGGAGGAGGAGGUGUGGCCGCGAUCAAUCCUGGCAUCAGCAUCAGCCGUGGCCGGGUAGCGGCAACACGCGCCCACGAGAACCGUCUGUACGCGGAGGAACCGAGCAGCAGUGGAGCGGGUGGUUCCCGCCGGAAGGCAGCCCAGACAGCGACUGGCGGUGGUGGCAGGAUGGCAGCAUCGCGCCGCAUCGAAGAGCUGUACCAGCGGGCGACCGAAAGCACCAUGUCCUCGCUGCUGUCCGGGUACGGCAUGCGCAAGGGGCUGUCCGAAUCGAUCCCGCCCGCAACGCUGAUCGAGCAUGUGGUGGCGGACGCCACCAUCGGGAUGCAGCAGCAGGGCAAGCGGCAGCGACAGCAGCGGCAGCUCGCCGGCUACCGGCAGGCCCGCGAAGCGCACAUGAUCAUCGACUCGGACGGUACGAGCGGCGAGGACGAUGACGACCAGCAGCAGCAGCAGCGCGUUGAUGAACAGCAGGACGAGGAGGAUCGCUACCUGGAAGCCCUCGACGGUAUACGGUUGGACGAGGAGGAGGAAGAGGAGGAAGGGGAUGAUGAAGAGGAGGUGCAGACGGUGGUCAAUUCAUCCUCGGUGCGCUGGUCACGGCGCCAGAGGAAGGGCGGCCGAGCGGUGACUGGCGCGUGCGAUACUACCUCGGCCUCGGUGCACGGAGAAGAGGAUGACGAGGAAGAGGAGGAAGAGGAGGAUGGUGGCCGGCAAGCCCUGGAAGGGCAGGAGGAAGACAACGAAUACGAGGGGCAGGAGGAGCUCGAGGGUGGCAUGCAGGGCGAUGAGGAGGAGGAGUACGAGGAGGCGGCCGAUGGUGACGAACACGAACGGCAGCAGUAUCUGGAGGACGAGGAGCAGGAAGAGGUGGACGAGGAGCAGGAUCAGGAGUACGAGGAGCAGGAUCAGGAGUACGAUGAGGAGGCAGAAGACGUGGAGGAUGAGGAGGAGGAAUUGGAGGAUGGUCAGCAUCAGGCGACGGAGGAGGAUGAGGAGGAGGAGGAGGAGGACGAUGAUGAUGACGUUAUCAUCCAGGACGAGGUGAUCGAUGUGGACGAGCAUGAUGAGAAACGGCAACUUCAGCACGCGAGACAUAAGGAGCAGCAGCAGCAGCAGCAACAGAACGGUACCGAUGCGUCCAAGCGACAGGACAGCCCGGUGACGCAGACGCAGGCCGACAUUGACGAGCUGGAGAUGAUCAAAAUAUCGGCCAUCAACACGAAAGUGCAACUAAACGACAGAGACAAAGUCAGUUUGGAGGAUUUCGAGCUGCUAAAAGUCCUUGGAACUGGCGCUUACGGCACGGUGUACUUGGUGCAAAAACUAACUGGCGUAGAUAAGGACAAAAUCUACGCCAUGAAAGUGCUGAAGAAGGGCAUCGUAAGCUUGAAGAAAAAGACAGCAGAACACACGCGAACGGAGCGACAGGUGCUGGAAGCAAUACAGGAAGCUCCGUUUCUGGUGACAAUGCAUUACGCCUUCCAGACCGACUCCAAGCUGUACCUGAUCUUGGACUACGUGAUCGGGGGCGAGCUGUUUACGUUGCUGUGCAAUCGAAUGCAUUUCGACGAACCGGCCGUGCAGAUCUACAUCGCCGAGAUAAUAGUCGCCAUCGAGCAUCUGCAUAAGCUGGGCAUUGUGUAUCGUGAUAUUAAGCUGGAAAACAUUCUGGUCGACGUGGACGGGCACAUCGUGCUGACCGAUUUCGGGCUUUCGCGCGAGCUCGUGUACGAGAACGAGCGAGCGCACAGCUUCUGCGGCACGGUCGAGUAUAUGGCGCCCGAGAUACUGAAGCCGACGCAGCAGGGUCACGACUCUGCCGUCGACUGGUGGUCGGUCGGUGUGCUAACGUUCGAGCUGCUCACCGGUGCGUCCCCGUUCACCGCGGAUCAGAACGAGAUCGCCCGACGCAUCACGGAAACGGAAGCGAUCAUCCCGGAGAACCUGUCGCCCGAGGCGACCGAUUUCAUCCGCCGGCUGCUGGUGAAGGAUCCGAAGCGCCGGCUCGGCAGCGGCAAGGGCGAUGCGUCCGAGCUGAAGUCGCACCCGUUCCUGCGGUCGAUCAACUGGUCCCGGCUGGUGCGGAAGCAGAUCGAGGCGCCGUACCCGCCGCUGGCGGAGAACGAUCGCGACACGCGCAACUUCAGCUCGGAGUUCACCAAGCAGGAAGUGACGGAAAAGCCGUGCGAACCGCCAAAGAAUGCAGAUCGUUUGUUUAGAGGUUAUUCCUACGUAUCACCGAAGCUCCUUACCAAAAACGUCACCGAUCGGAACAAGUUCAUCCCGAUCCACAACAAGCGCCCGCUGGAGAGUUACAUUAGGAGAAGUGCGUCCAAGCAAUCGCCCUUCUUCAGAAAGUACGAACUGACCAGCACGCCGUCCAUCGGGUCCGGCGCCUACUCGACCUGCCUCAAGUGCCAGCGGUUGCGCAGCAACAGUGUCUUCGCCGUCAAGGUGCUCUUCAACCAUCCGCACACGGCCGCGUUCGCGCGGCACGAGGCGGACGCGCUGCGCCAGUGCCAGGGCCACCCGCACGUGGUGCGGUUCGUCGAGCUGCUGGAGGACGCUAACUACAUCUAUCUCGUGCUGGAGCUGCUCGAGGGUGGCGAGCUGCUGCAGCACCUCAACCGGCAGCAGCACCAGCUGACCGAGGGGCGAGUCCGGGGCUACUUUUCUCAGCUGGUCGAUGCGGUCGCCUACAUCCACCGGCAAGGGUACGCCCAUCGCGAUCUGAAGCCGGAGAAUGUGAUGCUCGAGCGGUCGUCCUCCGACCAGCUGCGGCUGAUCGAUUUCGGCUUUGCCCAGCGGCUGGACAGCACCGACGCACCGCAGCCCGCCGGUACGCUCGGAUACGCGGCGCCCGAAGUGCUCGUCGGCAGCACGGGACAGAAGAGCACGGCCAGCAACAGCUCGUACUCGCUCGAAACGACCGACCUCUGGUCGCUCGGCGUCAUCCUCUACACGAUGCUGUGCGGGCAGGCACCGUUCACGCCGCGCCAGUUCUUCGGCCACGACAACCUCGCCUCGACGUCGAAGCAGAUGGAAAUCAUCACCGACAAGAUACGGCGCGGUUCGUUCGAUCUCAGCUCGAGCAUCUGGAUGGGUGUGAGCGAAGGGGCGAAAAGUUUGGUACGCUCGCUACUGACGGUCAAUCCGGACCAGCGCAUCACCAUGCAGGAGCUGCUCGGCCACGAGUGGCUGCUGUGCGAAUCGUCCGGCGGUGGAAGGCGAGGGCAGCAGCAUUCGCUCGCACCGUACAACCGGGGCCUGCCGAGCCAGGCCCGGCUACCGUACGAGCAGCUGCAGACGAACGUGCGCAACACGUACGACGCAUUUAAGCUGGCGGAGCAGGGCGGCUUCCGGUUGCAGAACGAGGGAAGCGCACGGCGGCAAAGGAGUGCGGCUGCGCUAGUAGCGCAAACGGCGACGGUUUCCUCAUCCCAGCACCACCACCACCGGUCCAACAAUCGCGCGGAGAGUAGUAGUAGUAGCAGUGGGCAGGUGGUAAAAUCGAACUCCAAAACAACCGCAGUGCCUGACCACCGUAACGCUUCGCCGAGCAGUAAAGCCAGUAAACGAACCACUGCACACCACCAGCAGCAGAAGGAGGAAGUGGCGGCCGACCUGUCCGUAUCGACGACGAAAUCGGUCGAGUCGCAGUACAGCAGCUCGCUGGAGGAAAGCACCUCGAGCGGCAUCGGGCGCAGCAAGAGCAGCAAGAGCAGCCUGUCGCACUCGGGCAGCCCGAUGCGCGAUGCGCGCCACUUGUCGAACGGUUCCGUAGUGAUCGUGCUCGACGACGACGAGGACGAAGUAACGAACGUACGACAGCAGCAGCAGCAGGAGGAGGAGCAGCAUCACAGUAGUGCAGCGAUGCCGGAGACAAGCGUGCCGUCGACUGAGCCGACGGAACCAUCGCCCGCUGAAGCGGAAAGCAUUGCGCCGGCGGUGGAACGCGUGACGCUACAGGAGGAUGAAAGUGAUAAGGAUAGUGAAGCGAAGGAAAGUGGGAAGGAUUUAGAGGAGGAAAAACCGGCGGACGAAAUAGUUGCCGACGUGGAGGAGGUGGAGGAGGAGGAGGAAGUGGAUCAGGAGGACGCCGAAAUGGUGAGCUACGACGUUGCUAACAAGGUGCCGGAAGUGGAAGCAACGGUGCCGGAACAGACAAUAUGCAGCAGUAAGCCGCCGGAAGCGGAAAAGAACAAUAACGAAUUGGUGGUGGAGGAGAACGGCCUGGCAGCACUGGCGACGGUGGAAAAGUCCGCCCAAGCUGGUAGCGAAGUGAUCGUUAAGCAAGAGGCACAGCUUAUUACCGCCUUCAGGCCGGAAGAGGACAUUAUGGGCGGCGAAGAUUUCUCCGAUACGACCAAAGCGAUACUGGGCGAUUCGCUGAACGUAGUACCACCCCUGGAUAGCAGUAGUGGUAGUAGUAGCAGCAGAGGUAGUAGUAGGCAAGCAGGUGAGAAAAGCCGAAGCAGAAGCAGUACAGUUCGUAACAACAAGAGCAAAGAAAACGAACGGCCAACAGCAGAACCGUCACCGUCCGCUCUCCUGCCUGUUGCUAGUGCGAAAAGUGAUAAAAAUAGUAAUGGUGGUGGUGGUGGUGGUAGUAGUAAUAACAAUAGCAACGCUAGCAAUGUCAACGCCCGCACGCCAAACCGAACGCCGGCGGGAGUGAGGGUGAAAAAGGAGAAAGAAUUCAACCAGGAACUGCCGAAACCCACCACUACAUCGACGCCUCCCAGCUGGCACAAUGUACCCAAAGAACCGUGGUGCUUCAGCGACCUGAUCACGCCGGUGCUGGUGAAGCAAGAUAUAUUUGCCAACCUGCAUCUCGCUAGCAGCCACCAAUUGCUGACGGCGGGCAUGCGCUCGCUUUCGGUCGCGUCGGACGACGAUGACGUGCUGUUCCUUGGCACCGGCCCGUCGGACGUUUUCGUCGGGUUCGAGCACGAGGAGUGCGUCCAGUUUAUCGGUUUCAGCGAGAGCGAUUGCGGCGUGCGGUCCCAAUUCACGGCAAGCGAUGGCAAACCGUUCGUGACCAGGCAGGAGCGGCAGCUCUACGGCCAGAUACGCAAACGCCGGCCCGAGCUUUGCGUCGACGAGCCGCGCCCGAAGCGCUUGCGGCAGCUGGAACGGAAAGACUACUCGCUUUCGCAACGGCGACGGCCAACGUUAGGCUUUGACCAUAUACUGUACGGGUCGGGCGACAGUGGUCCGGUGUUAUAAUAUACGAGCGGAUGAUACCCGGUGGAGCCCCUCCGGAUUUAGUGAGGCGAUUGCGUGUGUGUGAAGGGAUUACAGUGAUUGAUAUUUAUUUAUUACCUUUUUUACCAAAAUAUUGUGCGCAAAGGGAUGUGCGGGAAGGGGGAUGGAUGAAUGGAUGGAUGGGCAAACUUCUGGAUGAGCCUAUCGUUGUGUUACGGUCGCUCUUUAUCACGGUUUAAUUUUGCACACACAAACACACACAUCCACACACUGUACAGUUGUGCUGCGCUACUGGUUAAAAUGUGGUUUUUUAGUGCACACUUCGUUUUAGGUAAAUGAGAGGCAUGAGCAAGGAAUCGUUUCUUAUUUUAUUCUACAUGUGCAUGGCCUUUAGCUCUAUCGUACACUCAGCAUGAGAAUGAUUUUAAAUUACCGCCCUAUAAACAGUAGUCAGUGCAGCGAGGGGGAGCGUUUUUAUUUUUGAAAUAUCAGCCUGACCACGCGGGUACGGACGAAAAGGGUUGACGUUUUUUACUGGUACUGACCUGCCGCCUCCUUUGCUCUAAAAGCUGUUAUGGUUUUUGUCGAAUCUUUUCUUCACUGUUUUGCGUUGCGCGCUUUGUGGAAUCAUUUUGUACAUAUAUACAUACGUUCGUUUAGUUUGCAUUACUUAUAACUUUAGCUCUUUUGUAGUUUUUUUUUUCACCCUCUUCUGCUAUUUCAAAAUGUAUGUCACGAAUGAUUUUUGUUUAAAUCCGAUCAUUUAGAUUUAAAAUAAUUGUUUGUUUGUUUUUUUUUUUUGUUUACCACAUAUAUGUCUGGUAACGGGAGAAAUGGUAGCUAUAGAAGAGAAAGAUGUGAAAGUAGAGGAAGGAAGACGCUUUCCGGUAAAAAAAGGAAUCGUUUUUUUUAAUACUUGUAAAUAACAAGGAAAAGUGCACUUACAUGGCAGAGGAAACGCGCGUGGAGUAGGCUUUGACUGUUCGUGCAGGGUUAAUAAUGAGGAAUAUAUGGAAC